AUGAGCAGAGGAAUCAGAUAUCCAUUUCCAGAUUUGCACAAAACUGGAGAUGAAGAAUUAAAUUGGUUGUACUUCUACAGUUUCAUAGUUGCAAUUUUUGUUUUUGAGGUUUCUUUCAUAACAUUCGCAUGGUUCUUUGUCUUGAGAAGAGAGAUGAGGCCAUCAGAAAUGUGGGCUGCUGAGGAAGGUUACAGGAUGAUGACUAGCCAUUUUCGAAGAUACAGUUACAGAGAGCUUGUUGAGGCAACAAGAAAGUUCAGAGUUGAGCUAGGAAGGGGAAGCUCAGGCACUGUGUAUAAAGGUGUCCUAGAAGAUGAAAGGCCAGUGGCUGUGAAGAAGCUGGAAAAUGUAAGUCGAGGCAAGGAAGAGUUUCAAGCUGAGCUGAGCGUAAUUGGGAGGAUCUACCACAUGAAUUUGGCCAGAAUAUGGGGGUUUUGCUCAGAAGGAUCACACAGGCUGUUGGUUUGUGAGUACGUGGAGAACGGAUCCCUGGCAAACAUUUUGUUCAAUGACCAAAAAACUGUCGUGUUGGACUGGAAGCAAAGGUUUAAUAUCGCAUUGGGUGUCGCGAAAGGAUUGGCCUAUCUUCACCAUGAGUGCUUAGAAUGGGUCAUCCAUUGUGGUGUGAAACCUGAGAAUAUAUUGUUGGACACAAACUUUGAGCCUAAGAUCACUGACUUUGGGUUGGCAAAGUUGCUAAACAGAGGCGGAGCCACACAGAACUUGUCGCAGGUGCGAGGAACGAUAGGUUACAUAGCUCCUGAGUGGGUUUCAAGCCUCCCAAUCACGGCGAAAGUCGAUGUUUAUAGUUACGGAGUUGUUUUGCUUGAGCUUUUAUCUGGGACAAGAGUUUCAGAGAUGGCUGUAGGUUCAGGUGCAGAGGUGCAUAGCAUGCUGCAGAAGCUUGUCAGGGUGCUUGCUGAUAAACUGGGAGGACAUGAAGAAUCAUCGAUUAAUGAAUUUGUUGACCCUGAAUUGGGUGGACGAUUCAGCUAUGUCCAAGCAAGAACAAUGAUCAAGUUGGCUGUUUCCUGCUUGCAGGAAGAUAGAAACAAGAGGCCAACCAUGGAAUCUGUAGUCCAGACACUCCUGCCGUUUGACGAAAUAUCAUGUUAA